AUGCGAUCUGCAAGCAUAUGCGAUCUGCAAGCAUAUGACAAAUGCGAUUUGCAAGCAUAUGCGAUCUGCAAGAAUAUGCCAUAUGCGAUCUGCAAGCAUAUGCCAUAUGCGAUCUGCAAGCAUAUGCCAUAUGCGAUCUGCAAGCAUAUGCAUCUGCAAGCAUAUGCAGUCUGCAAGCAUAUGCCAUAUGCGAUCUGCAAGCAUAUGCCAUAUGCGAUCUGCAAGCAUAUGCCAUAUGCGAUCUGCAAGCAUAUGCCAUAUGCGAUCUGCAAGGAUUACAAUCUGCAAGCAUAUGCAAUCUGCAAGCAUAUGCGAUCUGCAAGCAUAUGCGAUCUGCAAGCAUAUGCCAUAUGCGAUCUGCAAGCAUAUGCCAUAUGCGAUCUGCAAGCAUAUGCCAUAUGCGACCUGCAAGCAUAUGCCAUAUGCGAUCUGCAAGCAUAUGCCAUAUGCGAUCUGCAAGCACAUGCGAUCUGCAAGCAUAUGCCAUAUGCGAUCUGCAAGCAUAUGCGAUCUGCAAGCAUAUGCCAUAUGCGAUCUGCAAGCAUAUGCAGUCUGCAAGCAUACGCAGUCUGCAAGCAUAUGCAGUCUGUAAGCAUAUGCAGUCUGCAAACAUAUGCAGUCUGCAAGCAUAGCAAUAUGCAAGCAUAUGCAGUCUGCAAGCAUGUGCAGUCUGCAAGCAUAUGCAGUCUGCAUGCAUAUGCAAUAUGCAAACACAUGCAGUCUGCAAGCAUAUGCCAUAUGUGA